UGUACUUUUGUGUUACUUCCAUAUCGCAUCCUCAUCGUUGUCUUAUAGCAGCUUAUCACCUGUCCCGACAACAUGAUUGAAGAGCAGCGUCUAAUGUCGACGGCUGAAUCUUCAGUAGUGGAUGAUACAUCUCCAGGACCAUUCACAACAGAAGCAUUGAGAAAAAGCACCAUUUACCUUUCGAAAUCAUCGCUCUCUCAGACCGCAAAGCGACUACUCGUUUUCCUUCUCCCGACAUUCCUGCAGUCUUCUUAUGAUCCACGGACUCCUUCGAAUCAACCCCAUCCUACAGCAUGGCUAGACGGUAUGCGCGGACUCGCCGCUUUAAUGGUCUUUCUCUACCAUCUCUCCUACUCAACCCACGACGUCUAUACCGCAUACAAUCCCUCCCAUAAGGAUUUCCUCCGUCUCCCUCUAAUCCGAAGUUUUUACAAUGGCAAUUUCAUGGUUUCGAUAUUUUUCGUUGUUUCGGGGUUUGCGUUGAGUUGGAAGCCAGUUAUGCAGAUGAGGAAAGCAGAGAUUGGGGAGUUGGGGAGGAGGUUGGGGAGGAGUUUGGUUAGGAGGGGGGUUAGGUUGUAUGCGCCUUGUUUUGCUAGUACGUUUGUGAUUUUGGUUUUGUUGAGGUUGGGGGGGUAUGAGUGGACUAGGGGGUUGGCGGUGGAUGGGAAGAGGUUGGUUGGGCAUAGGGAAUAUCAUCCUCAGAGGUGUGAGGGUUUGGGGGUUUGGUGUAAGGAUAUGGCGGGCUUUGUGAAUCCGUUCAGUGCUGAGGGGAUGGAGAUGGAUGGUCAUCUUUGGACUAUCAAGGUUGAAUAUCGAGCUUCUAUUAUCUUGUACGUCACGCAACUUGGCCUUUGUCAGUUGCGCACGAGAUACAGAAUGCUGAGUCUGAUCUGCUUGAUCGCAUGGGCGCAUCAAGUAGAUCGCUGGGAGAUGGUGUUGUUCUACGGCGGCUUCAUCCUCGCUGAACUGGCUGUCCGUCGCGACACUCUUGCCGCAUUACAUACGUUUGAUCAUUCUCAUCCAAAGUCUGGACUCCUCUGGUCUACAAUCUACAUCUUGGCUUUCAUCUGCGGUCUAUACCUCGGCGGUCAACCCGAAAGACAAUUCGAACACGCACCUGGCUGGUCCUUACUCUAUUCUCUGAUACCAAAAUACAUCAAAGACUGGCAUCGGUACUGGACUGGAUGGGGAGCUCUUUUACUCGUAUGGUCCACAUCGAACCAUCGCUCUCUACAACGGAUGUUUACGAAUUGUGUCUCGCAAUAUCUGAGUAGGAUAUCUUUCUCGCUUUACUUGGUCCAUGGAGCUGUUAUACAUACUCUUGGGUACGGGUUAUUGGAGAUAUCCUGGAGGUUAAUCGGGACGAACACCCGUCUGCGAAAAGAGGGCUGUUUUGUUCUCAUGGCGAGUUGUGUGUUGGUUGUUACGAUAUGGUUAGCCGACAUAUUCACACGGGUUGUGGAUGUACCGUCAGUACAGUUCGCCAGAUGGCUGGAGGAGAGAUGCAUCGCGAAGAAGCAGAUAAAGGUAGAACCUGCGAGGAGAGAAGGCGCGAUCGUGUAGCAGAAAGUCCAUUCAUGCCAUCAUCAGAUAGCUGACCACGACAUGUCAAGAUCGAGCUCCUUAUCUUGACACUUCCCGC